AUGAAGGCCUCUAUCUCGCUCGUUGUUGCUAGUCUGGCCGCUAGUGUUUUUGCGGACCUACACUACACUGGGAUCUGUGUUGACAAUCCUGCCAGGGAUGUGACCGUAUACAACAAGCAAGCGACUGAAAAGGCAUGCGCGGCAUAUAAAAGACGCAACACGGGAAAUGAACAAUGGGAUCAAUGCCCGGACUGUACACUGAAGAGUGACCAGGACAUUCUCUUUUAUUGCCAGUCGGCGGCGCAGCACAUCGGGGGAGACGAGUUGGAAUAUUACUGCAAGCAGAAUGGGGCGAGCAGCAGUGUGGCUUGGUGA